AUUGGGAAUUGCAAAACAUUCUUCCCCAAGAAAAACCCUCCAAAAAGCUCCAACUCCAAACCCCACCCAAUGCCGUUCACACACAAUACACACGGUACACAGUGAUUCUCAGCUCUAGACAUGGAAAUCGACGGCAAUCCAGCCAGCCUAAUCGAAGACAAGGACCUGUUCAAGGCGGCGGAGUUCGGCGAUAUCUCGGUUUUCCGAUCGCUCUCUGAAGAGCAGCUCCUCAAAGCCAGCUCGCUCCGAAACGAAGAUGGCCGCUCUCUCCUACACGUCGCCGUUUCGUCCUCCCAGCCCGAGGUGGUGGAAAUUCUAUCGGCUGCCGGCCCAUCGGUUGUGAAUAGUUGCGAUGAAGAAGGCUGGGCUCCCCUGCACUCGGCUGCGAGCAGCGGCAACUUAAAAAUUAUCGAGAUUUUACUGGACAGAGGAGCUGAUGUGAAUCUGAAAAACGACGGUGGCCGCACGGCCCUCCAUUAUGCUGCUAGCAAGGGCCGGCUGAAGAUAGCUGAAAUCCUUGUUUCACACGGCGCAAAACUCAACAUCAAAGACAAGGCUCGUCGACUUUGUUACAGUAUUAUAAAUUUUUUCGGAUGUACCCCAUUGCAUCGUGCAGCGAGCACAGGAAGUGCAGAGUUGUGUGAGUUCUUGAUCGAGGAAGGAGCAGUGGUCGACGAUGUUGAUAGAGCAGGUCAAACUCCACUCAUGACUGCUGUAAUAGCCCUUCUUCUUAUAAGACAUGGAGCUGAUGUUGAUGCCAAGGAUAAAGAAGGAUACACAGUUCUCGGCCGAGCUUCUGAUGAUAUACGCCCACUUAUAAUCGAUGCUGCUAAGGCUAUGCUGGAAGACUGAAAAUGAUGGUUCUUCUUUACAUAUCAAGACAGAAAUACAGAGUUGCAUCACCUUUUUUGUUUGUUCUCAUGUAGUUUUGUGACUAUUGUUUGUGCUUUCCUAAGCUCAUGUUGGAUUUUGCCCCUCCUAUAGUUUGGUAUUUUGUUUGAAUUCUUUUAUAAAAGUGACCAAUGGCAUUUUCAUAUUUUGGGGAAAUUGCCAAAAUAGUCAUAUGUUUGGGUGAAAUGCAAAAAAUGAUCCUUUCUGAUUGGUUUUUUGCAAAAUUGGUCCUGGAUGCAUUAAUUUGUCUCAAUUUAAGGACAAAUUUCACUAGCCUAUAAGGUGGUGCUUAGUUAGAGCUAAAGACCAGAACUGUAAGCACUUUACAAUUCUUAUUCAGUCAGCGGAUAUGGUGGAUGAUAUCAAUAGAGGACUGCUGAAUACAGAUGAAUCAAAUCAGGAGCUGUUAGACAUUAAAAAUCUUCUGUGAGGCUACUGUUGACACUAUUUUUUAGAUUGUUGUUGUUAUUGUGUUAUUUAGACUGCGGCAAUGUUGCCAAUUAGGGGGUGGAUUACCAUGCCUCGUAAUCUAUGUGAUUUGUAAUCAGUUGAUUACCAUGUACAUUUUCUUAGUUUAAUAAAAGUUUGUUUCUAUGUCGUUG